CACACCGACAGACACUCUCACUGUCACAGCAGAUAAUCACCCCUUUCUUCACUUUGCCAGUUGCCUCCAACUAACUCCAUCAUCUCUCCCCCUCCUUCACGAGAGAGAGAGAGAGAGAGUCCGGCUACGAGCAAACACUCACUCAACACAAAUCUCCUCUUAACUCUCUCUAUACUUUCCAUCCCUAUCAAUCAAGCAAGCAAGCCCUAGGAAAUGGCGAACACGACGACGCUCCGGAACUCCCGCGCAUCGCUCUCCGAUCGAAGCACCGGAUUCAGAGCCCCCGCGUCUUUCAUCUUCAGGAUCUUCGCUUCCGCCUUGACCGUAGCCGUUUUCAUCUUCCUCACACUCUCUCUCCUCUUCACUUCCUCCUCCAAUCCUUCCGGUCUCGACAUCGGUUUCAAUUCGAACGGAGUGGGAUCGAUCAGGAGAUCGGUGCUCGCGCUCAAAUCCGAUCCGUUGAAACCACGGCUGGAUCAGAUUCGAAAGCAAGCGGACGAUCACCGAUCACUUGUUCUCGCUUACGCUUCGUACGCUCGGAAGCUGAAGCUCGAGAACUCGAAGCUACUUAGGGUUUUCGCCGAUCUAAGUCGGAACUACACGGAUCUGAUAUCGAAACCUGGAUACAAAGGUCUUUUCCACUCGGAUGUGAGCUCAAUCGACGAAUCCGUGCUUCGACAGUUCGAAAAGGAGGUGAAGGAGAGAAUUAAGGUCACGAGGCAACUGAUAACAGACGCGAAAGAGUCAUUUGACACUCAGCUUAAGAUACAGAAGCUUAAAGACACAAUUUUCGCCGUAAACGAACAGUUAACCAAGGCGAAGAAGCAAGGGGCGUUUUCGAGCUUGAUUGCCGCGAAAUCGAUCCCAAAAAGCCUGCAUUGCGUCGCUAUGAGGUUGAUGGAGGAGCGAAUUGCACAUCCAGAUAAGUAUUCGGAUGAGGGGAAGCCGGUGGUGCCGGAGUUGGAGGAUCCGAAGCUUUACCACUACGCGAUUUUCUCGGAUAAUGUUGUGGCGGCAUCAGUUGUGGUGAAUUCGGCGGUGAAGAAUCAGAAAGAGCCGUGGAAGCAUGUGUUUCAUGUUGUGACUGACAAGAUGAAUCUUGGGGCAAUGCAGGUUAUGUUUAAGAUGAGGGAUUAUAAUGGAGCGCACGUCGAGGUGAAGGCCGUGGAGGAUUACAAGUUCUUGAAUUCGUCAUACGUGCCAGUGCUUCGACAGCUUGAAUCCGCAAACCUGCAGAGGUUUUACUUUGAGAACAAGCUAGAGAAUGCGACGAAAGACACGACUAACAUGAAAUUUAGGAAUCCCAAGUACUUGUCGAUGUUGAAUCAUCUUAGAUUUUAUUUGCCUGAAAUGUACCCGAAAUUGCACAGGAUACUGUUUUUGGAUGAUGACGUGGUUGUUCAGAGGGACCUUACUGGGUUGUGGAAGAUAGAUAUGGAUGGGAAAGUGAAUGGGGCUGUUGAAACUUGUUUCGGGUCGUUCCAUCGGUAUGCGCAGUAUAUGAAUUUCUCCCACCCUUUGAUCAAAGAGAAGUUCAAUCCAAAAGCAUGUGGAUGGGCUUAUGGGAUGAACUUUUUCGAUUUGGAUGCUUGGAGGAAGGAGAAGUGCACAGAACAGUACCACUACUGGCAGAAUCUGAAUGAGAACCGGACUUUGUGGAAAUUGGGUACAUUGCCCCCUGGCUUGAUUACAUUUUACUCCACAACAAAGCCGCUAGAAAAAUCUUGGCAUGUUCUUGGGCUUGGCUAUAAUCCAAGCAUAAGCUUGGAAGAGAUUCGCAAUGCUGCAGUCGUGCACUUCAACGGGAAUAUGAAACCGUGGCUUGAUAUUGGCAUGAACCAAUUUCGGCCACUUUGGACAAAGCAUGUGGACUAUGACAAUGAGUACAUCCAGGCCUGCAAUUUCGGUCUUUAGACAAAGGCUUGUAGUUUGGAGCAUACACUUGGGGAUCUGCCAAUGCUUAGUCCUGGUGCAAGCGUCUGUUCUGCGAGGCUCAUCAUGUCUCCUUACACGUAAUUAAGUGUUCCUACUAGUGCCUUUGUAGCUUAGUAUCUACUCGAGUAUGCCAGUCUUCUUUUGCUAUAUUUGUUCGUAGUUCUGCAUCACUUGUUCAUAUAUCGUUUUAUGAUCAAAUUAAUAUCAGCUAAAUGUCUAGUUUUUAGAAGUUCAUAAAUUUUUGCUUUUCUGUUGAACACUUAAAUACGGAGUACUUGCAAUUAAAGAGGAGCCAACGUUCCAAUAUAUUUCAUUUUUUUGAUUGCAA